CCCGUGGCGAAAUGACCAGAUAAAAACUCACACAGACCAGAAACAGAGCUACUGCAGACACAUGCAUCCCUCACAUGGCAGCCGACCGGCUAUUCACGCAGACAGCGGGCCAACAGUAUCGUCCUCGAUCCCCAAUUCCCGCAGGAACGGCCGCAAACGACCCAUGGUGGCGGGGAAACGCUCAUCGAGAGUCCAGCCGUCAGCCACAGCCACAGCCACCUCAGUGGUGUCGAUCUCGAUGAAACCGUAUGUUACCAAUGAAAUCCAUGCCAGAUGCGGGUAUGCAUCCUCCUGACACGGCCCCUGAAGCAGGAACACGAUCCUGCGGUGGGAGAUGGGCCCGACGUACUCAGGCUGCAGCACCCAAAGGUACCCGUGGUCCUUCCACGAGUCGAAGACAAACAUGUCCGCCCCAUCAGCCAUGUCUUUGCUAUGCAGUGCCCGCCAGCGGACGUCGGCGAUGCCGAAGAUGCCCACAUCGACCCCCCACAAGCGCGUCCGCCGCUGCUGAACUGCUGCGCUGUCCAGCAACUGGUUGGCGAUGAAUGACGCAAAGGAACGAUGCAGCAAUAGGUCGCAGCGGAUCGGCGGGUCACGGUGACGAAAGUCUUGGCGGUAGGGGUGCCAGCUGCACAUUUCGAGCAGCUUGACUUCACGAAAGAUCUUGCCGCCCAUGAACAGCAAACGCACGCUGCGCCUAGCACUCUCAGGACCACCUCCAGCGCAAAACAAAAGCCGACAGAGAGGAUGAGGGCCACGGUAAAGUCCGCCAGGAUCGACAGGCACAUCCACCCUAAGGUGCUCCAGAAGGGGUCCUUAGUGAAGAGGCCCACGUACUUGAAGAUGUCCAAAACAAGUUUGGUCAACAAGUAGGUCCAAUAGAGCGGACAUAACACCAAAUACCACCGGCCCUCCAGCCCGUCAAGCAUGCCGGUCAUCAACAUCACCUCAGUCCUUGGUAUCGACCGCCUGACAGCCAUGGUAGUGGUCGUGCUGCUUGUACUGCCCCUGUCGAGUUCAAGGAGGUGGCCGAUAGUGUUGAAGGCGGCCACGGAAGCCGGCAGCCGAUUGAAGAUCGCCGUGUCGGGCAGAUAAUGCGCCACGAGCCACUCAGCGGAUAUCACCAGGGGCAGCCGCCCAGUUGUCACCGCCCCGCAGGCGGUCGCCAGCCGCACCACAGUGGCCAUCUGGCGCCACCCAGCCGCCCUGUCGAUUAUGUGAGCGCACCGACAGAGAUACCCAAAUCGGGAGAGAGACGGGGCGGCUGGCUGUGUGUCACCGGGAUCCCUCUCCACAUCAACGAGGCCGCUCAGCCGCUGCUGUGCGAGGCAUCUGUCGAUGUGGCGCAUCAGGAAGGCCUCAUCGACGGCUUUGCUGAGCGUCCUGCUGGUCGGGCGAACCUUCACAGCCUCAACCAGCGAUAAGAAGGGCAGAACCGCCGCAGAGUAGACGUCAGCCGGGAGCGGCACAGCAACGACAGAUCUCGUGAGAUCUCCGCCCCUCUGAGCGUCAUCCUCAGGCAAGAUGGAGAUGACCACAGACGAGAGCUCCUCAGUGUCGUCCGCUUCGGGGUCGACUUUCUUGUACGAAUGCCGCCACCUCCGCCAUCGCCAAAGGAACCACCUCAUCGCGAACGACCACGGUUGGGAAAA